CCAGAGGCGCCUACUCCAUCUCUUGCUUCUCUGCGCCAUUCUCUCGGCGCUUCAGAUAUCCAAACCCCUCGUCGCAAGCCUUCUCCUUCAGCCUGCCUGCCGCCUCUGUCCUUCUUCCUCGCCUCCACCCCCUCCAUUCUUAUGCUUGGGCGGUUGUCUCGAGCUUCCAGGGAUCCAUGGCAGACCAUUUCGCGGUGAUGGCAGGCCGGUUGCUGACGGAGUCCAGUCUUCAGUCCGCCAUUGGGGAGGCCUCUGCCGUGCCCUCCACCGCAUCGACUGCGUGCGAUGUGCCUGUCCAAGAUGGCAGGCAAGCGAGCGGUACUGUCUUGGUAGAAUGCAGAAUCUGCCAGGAGGAUGACGACGAGGCCUGCAUGGAGGCUCCUUGCUCCUGCAAGGGAAGCUUGAAGUACGCCCAUCGCAAAUGCAUUCAGAGAUGGUGUGAUGAGAAGGGAGACACCAUAUGUGAGAUAUGCUUGAAGCAAUUUGUACCAAAUUACACUGCCUCUUCAAAGCUGUUUCAACGAGGAAGAAACACGAUUUUCUUCAGUGCUCCUGGCUACAUUCAAGCACGGCCAGAUCAUUCUGCUACAUCAACAAGCUAUGGGUAUGAUCAAACUCCAGCUCCUACCGGCGUAUUAUGUUGUCGCAUAAUCGCUAUAACUCUGAUGGUUCUCCUGGUCUUCCGCGACGCUCUCUCGGUUUUCCUGGAUGACCAAGAUGCCUACACCGUUGCAAUGGUCACUCUGCUGAUGCUUAGAACCACGGCGAUCGUCAUUCCGGUCUACAUCAUAUUGGUGGCGGUUACUGAGCUGCUUCAUCGACGCAGGCAACGGCAGGUUGUGCACGACCAGAUGACUUCAGAGCAUGAAGGAGGGGAGAGUACGCAGCCGCAGCAGCAUGUCAUUAGCAUUCAGUAGCAGGCUGGCCAUCAAUCCUGGUGUUCUUGUUGUCAUCCAGUAUUGAUCCUUCAACGAAGGACUGAGCUUCUACUUGUAGUGUGACGUGACGUGACAGCAGAUAUGGAACAUGACAUGACUGUAACCACAGAACAGCGUUGCCUGCACUUGUACAUAGUAGUCGUAGCAUAUUUAACUGCUGCCAGCAGCUUUCUAUAGAGACCAUUGUACGUGGCCACUCUCUUCGAAUGAAGAUCAAGUGAGCUUCCUGUGCAUAACACUAUGACUUGAAGUAAGCUGCGAAUCGAUUUGCCAAGUUGAUGCAGAGCAAAGGCAAAUUCAGAAGGGAGAACUCCAUGGCUUCUGCACUGGGCGUAGUGCAUCGAAGUACAUGGCCUCAUGGGACGGGUCUGAGACUUGGAAGAAACAUACUGUGGUUACUCGAGAUAUAAGUUUUAGCGGCCAAGGUAUAUUUUCAUAUCUGUAAAUCCUGUGAAAUUUCGCAAAACAUCAUUCAGUAUGAUUUUAUUCUUGUUAUUUUUAAAUAUGAUUCAAGUUAUUUUUGAGAGAGAGAAAUAUGUUACACGUAUAAACACACUCCCUCCGUCCAAAACAUGUAAAUCAAACAUUCUCAAGUUUGAUCAGCGUAUCAACAUUUGUAUCCCUAAAUAUAUUCAUUAUAAAAAAAAAUAUAGCAUCAUUUAUCUAAUGAUACUUAUCACCGUAACUAUUAGUAUUUUCUUAUAUA